CGCCCCCCAGUCUGGGGCUCCGGGUAAAGUUUCAGCCUCCGCACGUGACUCGCCAUGGCCGCUGCCUCCGGCCCGCGCUGCUGAGCUCGGCCCCCCAGACGGCUGCUCCCCGAGAUCCCGCACCCCUGACGCCGGGCGGUGCCGAGGCGCGGGGCCAGGGCGGACGCCGGACCCGCGGGCGCACGGACGGACUGCGUCGUCCCAGCUGCGAGCGCCCGGACAUGGCCCCCGCAGCUGCCUAGCCGGGCCCGGCUGGGAGAGGCGUCCUGAAGGCCAGCUCUGGACCCUCCCGGGGAAGUGCCAGCUCUGCCCGAGGACCAGUGCGUGGACGGCCCCGGCCCCUGGCCCCCGGGGCUCCGGGCGGCGGAGAUUAGCCUGCGGGCGGCGGACUGCGGCCCGGGACGGAAAGGGGGCGUGGGCCGGGAGCCCCCUUCGGGCCCAGGCCCCAUGCCCCGCGGAGGGGCGGCCUGAACCCGCCCGAGCGCCCGCCCGCCUCCUGACUGCGGCCGCUGGGCAUGGCCAGCAACAGCAGCUCCUGUCCGACGCCCGGGGGAGGGCACCUCAAUGGGUACCCGGUGCCCCCCUACGCCUUCUUCUUCCCCCCGAUGCUGGGCGGGCUCUCGCCGCCAGGCGCUCUGACCACUCUCCAGCACCAGCUUCCCGUCAGCGGCUACAGCACACCCUCCCCGGCCACCAUCGAGACCCAAAGCAGCAGUUCCGAAGAGAUAGUGCCCAGCCCCCCCUCGCCUCCCCCCCUGCCCCGCAUCUACAAGCCGUGCUUCGUCUGCCAGGACAAAUCCUCGGGCUACCACUAUGGGGUCAGCGCCUGUGAGGGCUGCAAGGGCUUCUUCCGCCGCAGCAUCCAGAAGAACAUGGUGUACACGUGUCACAGGGACAAGAACUGCAUCAUCAACAAGGUGACCCGCAACCGCUGCCAGUACUGCCGGCUGCAGAAGUGCUUCGAAGUGGGCAUGUCCAAAGAGUCCGUGAGGAACGACCGGAACAAGAAGAAGAAGGAGGCGCCCAAGCCCGAGUGCUCCGAGAGCUACACGCUGACGCCGGAGGUGGGCGAGCUCAUCGAGAAGGUGCGCAAAGCGCACCAGGAGACCUUCCCCGCGCUCUGCCAGCUGGGCAAAUACACUACGAACAACAGCUCAGAACAACGUGUCUCUCUGGACAUCGACCUCUGGGACAAGUUCAGUGAACUCUCCACCAAGUGCAUCAUCAAGACGGUGGAGUUCGCCAAGCAGCUGCCCGGCUUCACCAUGCUCACCAUCGCCGACCAGAUCACCCUUCUCAAGGCCGCCUGCCUGGACAUCCUGAUCCUGAGGAUCUGCACGAGGUACACGCCCGAGCAGGACACCAUGACCUUCUCGGACGGGCUGACCCUGAACCGGACCCAGAUGCACAACGCCGGCUUCGGCCCCCUCACCGACCUGGUCUUCGCCUUCGCCAACCAGCUGCUGCCCCUGGAGAUGGAUGACGCCGAGACCGGGCUGCUCAGCGCCAUCUGCCUUAUCUGUGGAGACCGGCAGGACCUGGAGCAGCCGGACCGGGUGGACAUGCUGCAGGAGCCGCUGCUCGAGGCGCUCAAGGUCUACGUGCGGAAGCGGAGGCCCAGCCGGCCCCACAUGUUCCCCAAGAUGCUCAUGAAGAUCACGGACCUUCGAAGCAUCAGCGCUAAGGGGGCCGAGCGGGUGAUCACGCUGAAGAUGGAGAUCCCGGGCUCCAUGCCGCCUCUCAUCCAGGAGAUGCUGGAGAACUCCGAGGGCCUGGACACUCUGAGCGGACAGCCGGGGGGCGGGGGGCGGGAAGGGGGUGGCCUGGCGCCCCCACCCCGCAGCUGCAGCCCCAGCCUCAGCCCCAGCUCCAACAGAAGCAGCCCGGCCACCCACUCCCCGUGACCGCCUGCGCCCCACGGACACGGCCCUCGCCCUCGCCCGGCUUCUCUCUGCCUUUCUACCAACCACGCGGCCGGCCGGCCCUGCCCCUGCCUGUCUCCCCUCCCGGGACGGGGGGCAGCGGGGAGGCGGCUCUGGACAGAGGCCCGGGCGCCGUGGACUGUUCCUCUGCGGCCUGGCUCGUCGCGGGCAAGGCCAACGGACUGACUGACGGGUCCUGGGUCUCAGGAUGGGGCCUGGGGGCCUCGUGUUCAUCCAGACACCCCUCCGCCCGCCUCGCCUCGUCGUCAUCACCAGCAAACGCCAGGACCCGGCCCCUCCGUCCUCGGAACUUGCAAGCCAUUGCCCCCCGGUUGGGGACCCCCCAUCGCCUCGGUGGGGCGACAGGGGGGGUGGGCCAGGGGCGGGGGGUCCCCCUGUACAUACCCCGCCAUACCCAACCCCCAGGUAUUACCGCUGGUUUCGUUUUUAUUUUAAAUUUUUUUUUUUUUGAUUUUUUUUUUUUAAUAAGAAUUUUCAUUUUAAGCACA